AUUAACUUGGUGCGCUUAUUUUUUUUUUAACGUCAAUUCUUUUUCUCUUCAAAAUAUAGAUAUAUAUGUAUUUGGUAGCAGCGCAGAUGAACGCGGGUGGAAACGUGACCCAGAUUGCUCAGCGGGACGUCUUGUUGUGAUCCCGACGUCCUGGGACCGACAGUGUGCGUGUCGAUGCAGCGGUUCAUUGAGAAAAACAAAUCCAUUCAGGAGACUCCACAGCAUCCCUGCGUCAGUGCUGACGUCAGACACAAUGAUAAAGUCAGAUCUAUUGAUCUGGUGGGAAGCUAUUUCUGGUCUGGUAUAUUUCAGGGAAAUAAAACACAUGCAGACAGACCCUCUGUUUUAGACUCACCAACAUAUGUGAUUGGUAGUUUGUUUUUACUCAUGACUGUCCUCAUAACACGAUUCUCUUUAAACCACUUAACAGCAGGAGGAAUACGAAAAGAAGAAGAAGGAAAAAAUCUGUUGUAUUCCUCAUUGUGGAUUAUUUCCAUUUCUUUUCAGGAGGUCUGCCGAGGUAUGAGCGUUCAGGACACCCCGUUUGUGCCAACAGUCACUGCAAUUUCCUCCACCCCAGAUUUCCAGUGGAUGGUCCAGCCUACGAUCAUCACAUCUGUCUCCCCGUCUCCGGGCAGCAAACGAGCCAAUGAGCCGCAGAGCUCUCGCCGCACAUCACCCAAGGCAGGCGGGAAUAAGGGAAAGAAUGCUGCCAGGAAGGGAAAAGCGGAGCAGCUCUCUCCAGAGGAGGAAGAGAAAAAGAGGGUGCGGAGGGAGAGGAAUAAAAUGGCUGCAGCAAAGUGUCGCAACCGACGGAGGGAACUCACCGACACACUGCAAGCUGAGACAGACAAGCUGGAGGAGGAGAAAGCAGCCCUGGAGACGGAAAUAGCCAACCUCCUCAAAGAGAAAGAGCGCCUUGAAUUUAUCCUUGCAACACACAAGCCAGUGUGCCAGAUGUCAGAAGAGAUGGAGGCUAUUUUCCAGGAGCCGACGGGAUCCUUGGAGCUACCGCCCAGUCCGGACGAGGCCAGGCUCCCAGAGGACGGCACCCAGGAAGCCCCUUCGCUCCAGGACAUGGACAUCCCCAGCGAUCCGUCCACCGCCAUCUCUGGGAACUCCAACAUCUUGCUGUGUGCCAGUGCCGAAAUCAACAUCUGUGACCUUGAGCCCUCCCUGGACAUGAAGGAGGGGCUGCUGGACGGUAUGUUGCCCAGUCUGGAGGAGAAAGCUCCCAUGGAGACGGCUCGCUCCGUGCCAGACAUAGAUCUCAGCAGCUCCCUCGGGCUCUCGGACUGGGAGACCCUGUACAAGUCUGUCUCGAGCGACCUGGAGCCUCUCAGCACGCCCACGGUGACCUCCACGCCCACCUGCAGCAGCUACCUGUCCGUGUUCACGUUCGCAUGUCCCGAGCUGGACUCUGUCCCGGAGGGACUGGACAGCCAUAAAGGCGGAGGGGCCAAAUCUGAAUCUGUUGAUAUCCUCAACUCUCCAACCCUGCUGGCCUUAUAAAUGUGCAAGACGACCUCUCUGAUCUCUCUCUGGCGUUUCUGUUUGCAGGUUCCUGACUUUGAAGUGAAGUGAACAACACAUGCCACAGUAUGCUGUAACACUUCAAGGAGCACAUUCAGGAAAAUGUGUAAACCUCUAAACCUUGUCCAGAAACAUAGCCGACACAGUGAUGUAGCUAAGAGCAUGGCUUCUAUUGGAACAGGGGGCGGACUGAAGUACGUUUCGGUUUUAAAAACGCAUGCCGAGAAAUUCCAAAUAAUUUUCAAAGCUCAUAUAUACCGGAUCUGUUCCUAGAUCCGAGAUGUAACGUGGAAUUUAAUGUUACAGUAUGGUUUUGUGUUUUUGGUGUCAACGGUGUAUCGAUUGCUGUAAACGUCGUAUCCAUAUAUACUCAUCCAUGGUAAGGACCCGCAUACCUCAGUGUCAUCAACUGUGAUUUGAGCUCAUCGUUGAAAUGUCGAAAGUUUUCCAUGAAAACAUCCAGUGCUAUAAUACUGUAUACUAUCUUGUCGAGAUGUGACUUAUGGUUUAUUUUUUUACCUUUCAGAUUUUUAAUUUAUUUGUUAAAAGUGAAAAAGAAAAGUCAAAUGAGCAUUGAUUGCUUAUCUAUGCUGCUGAAUACUUAAUAAAUCUACAGUCAGAAGUG